UUUAAGAUUGUGACUUGAUACCGUGCCGACCUUCUCCCAUGAUCCCUUAAUUUCUACCAUUGACUUUUAUUUAUUUUUACUUCUACUGACUUCAGUUCAGUUGUUGUUCGUGUUCGUGUUGAGUUUCAGUAAGUUAGUUCCUUCACUAUGUUAAACCGUUUGAUGAAAUCAUCCAGAGUGGACGACCUCGGUGAUUUAAAACGCUUUAUGAAGUGAAGACUUGGUGUAAUGGCAGAAGAAGGUUCUAGCGUUAGAGCGAGUGACGGUUACAGGGUGCUGCUCCACACAGGCGACCAUGCUGGAGGACUGUUCCAGCUUACAGAUAACGAAAACAUCCAGUUUGACACUUCAGACUCAGAUAAUAACUCUGAAGUGUUAAUGGCAGGAGGACAGUAUCCGUCCAUUCAGGAGUUUGCCUCUGGCAUCCCUAACCACCUGCUGCUGGGGUCCCUGCUGGAACACUUGUGCUUUGUGUAUGAGAGAGACCCUGCACAAUCUCGCAUGCUGUUUAAGGUUAUUGGUCAGCGACUAGCAGCAAUGAACCUCCUUUCUCCGUUGGCCAUCAGCGACGAGUUCAGUACAGUGAGACUGCAGCACAGCCGGGCCUUCGCUGAGCUCCUGCAUGCAGCCAGCUCAUCCCUGUUUCCUCAGAAUCAAAGGUACCUCAAUGUUGAUGGCCAAAACCCAGUGCUAAGAACAAAAAGUGGUCUUUUCCAAACCUCUCGCUACCUCACUGAAUUUGAAGAAAUGUCACCUUUGGGCAGAGGAUCAUAUGGAAAAGUCUUUAAGGUGAAAAACAAGUUGGAUGGACAGGAUUACGCUGUAAAAAAGAUUCUGAUCAAGAAUGUGACAAGAAAUGAUUGCAUGAAGGUCUUACGGGAGGUUAAAGUUCUGUCCAGUCUUCAGCAUCCGAACAUUGUUGGCUAUCACACUGCGUGGAUGGAGCAUGUGCAGCCUGCCGUGAAGAAUUGUACACCUACCAUUCUGUCUGCCAUACCAGCUUUAGAAACACCGUCACAAACAGAAAGACUUGAUGAGGAGAGCAACAGUAGCACCAAUGGAUCGUCCAUUGUUUUUGAAAACUCAAGCUCGAAGUGCUCGAAGGACAGAAAAGGACAAUCUAUGAACAUGCGAAUUAAGAGCUCAAGUAAUGUUCUAACAUCUACAAUGGCAAAAGAGCAGAGGAGUCAGGUUCUGUCCACAAACAUGCCCAAACCACUUAACUUUGUCCCAUGUGUGUUCUUGGGAGAGCCGCGCUCUGUCAGCAAGACCUGCCCGGCACUUCGUUGGGAAAGUUCCACACUGUCAGAGGAGUCGUAUGUUGAUAUGAGCAGUCAGCAGUGGGCUGACAAACAUCCAAAUGAGGUUCAGUUCCACUUGAUGCUUUACAUCCAAAUGCAGCUGUGUGAGCGUUCAUUGAAAGAGUGGAUUCAGGAAAGGAACUCUGAGACAGACCUCACAAAGUCAACAGGUUCCUUUAAUUUGUUUGACUCUCAACAAGCAUCUCAUAUCUUAAAGCAAAUACUUGAAGGGGUGGAGUAUAUUCACUCCCGUGGAAUUAUGCACAGAGACCUAAAGCCAAGGAAUAUUUUCCUGCAAGGGCAUGAAUGCCAUGUAAAAAUAGGUGACUUUGGAUUGGCUUGUACAGAUAUUGUGCUGAAUGAAAACGAACAGCUACCUUCAAGUUCUUAUAUAAAUGAAAACACAGAGUCCUCUCACACUACAGGAGUGGGCACAUUUGUUUAUGCUUCUCCAGAACAACUGCAGUGUUCUCAUUAUGACUCAAAGUCAGAUAUGUACAGUGUCGGGGUGAUUGCUGUCGAGUUGUUCCAGCCCUUUGGGACAGAGAUGGAACGUGUGCAAACACUUGGAGGUCUGAGAAAGGGGAAUUUUCCAGUUGACCUGUAUAAGAACUGGCCUGUCCUGUCUGAGCAAAUUAAUCUGCUGACCAACCUGGACCCCACACUGCGACCAAGUGCAUCCCAACUACUGCAAAGUGAUCUCUUUAACAAAAAAGACAUGGUAAUCCAUAAUUUACAACAGAGGAUUUAUGAGCAAGAAGAGGAAAUAAUUCAACUCAGAAGACAGAUCAGUGAGCUGCAAACUUCACCAAAGAGGUCAUCACUAUAAUAACUACUGACUAUCCAGUAGUUAUGUGACUUUGGCAUAUUAUGUGUAUUGUUUUCCUUUAUUUAUUUUUGUCCCAACAUUAAUCAAAUUUGUCAGCAUGUAUGAAGACAGAAUGUACGAAGUGUAUUUCUGGGAACAAAUUUUCUUCUGUUUUAAAAACAUUAAAAAAAUUUUGUAUUUCA